AUGUCGCGCUUCAAGAUAUCAGCAGCCUUAUGGGAUAGAAUUCAUCAUUUCGCGUCUUUCCCACAAACAGGAGUUUCGCUUCAACAGAUGGUUUUAUUCGGUCAACACCCGACACAAGGUACUCUACUGAAGGCGUCACAGUUCUUGUCAGAGGAACUACCAAUAAGAUUAUCACAUCGAGUUGUUGAAUUGGAGAGCUUACCGGAUGGAUUGAGCAAAAUGCCUAGUAUCAAUAAAGUGAAAGAAUGGUAUGCUCAAAGUUUCGAAGAACUUAUAACACAUCCAAGACCAAAAUUAAAGCCUGAUAUUGAGGAACUACUCCGGGUGCAGUCAUCUCAAAAUCAACAUUUCCCCUCUGCUACACCAAACCCAUCUCUGGAUCCACUCAUGCACGAAGGACCGGUGGGGUCGAAUUUGGUUUCAGGGAGCGGAGUAUAUAAUGGUUAUGGGAAUGGAAACGGAGUACCGGUAGGAGCAAGUACCGCAAUUCCUGGGACGAGAUUACGCAUACCGAUCGAAAGAAGAUACUUCUCCCCACCUCCUACACACAUUGUUUAUCCACCUGAAGUACACGAAUAUAACGACCAAUUUACUCGUCUACUCCAGAAUAUCAAAAAGAGACAUGAUCCAACCGUCACUACUGUCGCACAAGGUGUCCUGGAAUGGAAGAAAAGACAGGGUCACGGUAGAAUAGGUCAAAAUAUCCAAGAAUGGCUGGAUAGAUUUUACAUGAGUCGUAUCGGUAUAAGGUUUUUGAUAGGUCAACAUGUCGCGUUGAACACACUUCAACCGCAUCCGGACUACGUUGGAAUCAUCUGUACAAGAGCAAAUGUUCAUGAUAUAUGUCAUGAAGCCAUAGAAAAUGCUCGAUAUGUUUGCGAAGAACAUUACUCCCUAUUCCGUGGACCACCAAUACAGCUGUUAUGCCCUAAAGACCUCACAUUCGCUUACGUUCCAGGACAUUUGUCUCACAUCCUCUUCGAGCUCCUGAAGAAUUCCCUUCGAGCGGUCGUGGAGAGAUAUGGAGUAGAUAACGAGGACAGUUUCCCCCCUAUCAAAGUGGUCGUGGUGGAAGGGAGCGAAGAUAUCACUAUUAAGAUUUCAGAUGAAGGUGGCGGUAUCCCACGAAGUGCUAUACCGAUGAUCUGGACAUAUCUAUACACUACCAUGAGUGAUGAGGGAUUGGAAGCAAACAUCGAUAGUUCAGAUUUCAAAGCCCCUAUGGCCGGGUUCGGUUAUGGGCUGCCGCUGUCAAGACUGUAUGCUAGAUUCUUCGGGGGUGAUUUGAGGUUGAUAUCGAUGGACGGAUAUGGGACAGACGUGUACAUCUCUCUGAACAAGCUUUCAUCAAGUCGAGAACCACUGCAAUAA